UUCGCCGCGGUCGCCGACCAACGAGCUAUCAUAAAAUUUUUUCCAGUCUCAUUCUCAUCAAAACUCAACUCAACCGAAAGCAAUAAAGUUAAUUUAUUUCUUCAAACUCAAAUGUAGUGUAAAUUAGUUUUUAAACAUAAAUCCUGUAAAAAUCUUUCAAAAGUUCAUAAUUUUCAAUUGAACGUCAAUUUAUUGUGUUUUUCCAUCUUAAUGUCGUGUUUUUCCCAAUUUAUCAAAAGUCGUGUCUCAAGUGUGCACUAAAAAUCUUUUUUCUGUUCACUCUGUUUGGAGAAAAUUCAAUAAGCAAAAGAAAAAUCGGAGAAACUUUUUCCAAAGUACAUAGCAGCUACCCUCUCUCAGUCUCAGUUUCAGUCCUCUUAUUCAAAUUACGAAAUAAUAAACAAAAGUUUAAAAUAAACAUAAAACUAUGGCGAAAGAAAUCGAUGAUCUUAUAGAGAAGCUUAAAUCGACCUCAAUCGACAGUACAACCGAUGUUGAUAAAACUGCCUCACUUCUAACCGAAAUAUCAGCCACAACCGACCCCAAGAGCUUCGAUAAAUUCGAAUUGGCCGAUUCGUUUCUAAGCCUCAUCAAAUCCGAUAAUCAAGUCAUUCAAAAAGAAGCUGCCAAAUGUAUAGCAGAAAUCACCAAAUCCGAACUACAACGAAAGAAGUUCACAAACAAAAAUGUCAUCGAUAUGUUUGUGGACUGCCUGAAGAAUGUCAAUAGCACAUCCAACCUCGAGCUGCCCAUUCAAAUAUGUCGUGCUCUGGGUAAUAUUUGUUUUCUCAAUGACGAAGCACGUGAUAUAAUUUUGAAUACGCGAGGUGAUGAACAUCUUAUAAAUCUCCUCGAUGUUACCACCGAAUCCGACAAGGAAAAUGAAUCGCUAUUUAUUAAAGUCCGGGGAGGUUUGAUUUCGAAUUAUUUGCUUGGAGGGGAGCGUGUGGCCAAACGUGCCAUGGAACUUAAGAUAAUGGAUAAGAUUCAAAAUAUUAUCGAUACGAGUAUUGAACAUGUUGACGGACACGAAGAUCUCUUGAUAAAUACUUUGCCAAUUUUGAGCAUUCUCACAGAAAAUGUUGCCGAUUUAAAUUUUAGUACGCAUUUGAAUACGCAAUUGGCGCGGAUAUUGGCAGCAUCAAAAAAUCCCGAUCUAGCGGAAAUGUGCCUUGAACUUUUGCAUUAUCAAGCGGAGAAUGAUGAUGUUAAGUUGUUGCUGGCGAAGGAUGGUCUCUGUGAGACGAUCUAUAAUCUUUUGGAGAAAUAUAAGAAUUUGGCUAGUACUAGUGAAGCUCGGGCCUUAAUGAAGUUGGCAUGUGAACUUAUUGUUCUUAUAUUAACUGGAGAUGAAUCAAUGCAUUAUCUCUAUUCUACACCUUUGUUGAAAAACAUGGAGGAUUGGUUGGAUUCAGUUGAUAUUGACUUGUUGACUACAGGUGUAUUAGCUUUGGGCAAUUUCGCUCGCACAGAUAGCCACUGCAUUUACAUGGUUGAGAACAAAAUUAUGAAUAAAUUGUUAGAUGUUCUUUCAAAAAAUAACGGUGUAAGUAAUGACGUUCGAUUGCAACAUGCCUUACUUAGUGCAUUGAGAAACUUAGUCAUACCAAAGCCAAAUAAAGGUGCUGUUAUACAAGCAGGUCUUGUGCAAACCAUUUUACCGAUGUUGGAAAUACACCAGCCGCCAGUUGUCUUUAAAUUAUUAGGUACACUUCGUAUGACUGUUGAUGGACAAGAGCCUUUAGCUAUGGAACUUCUCAAAAACAAGACCCUUAUCACUCAAUUAGUUGAAUGGAGUAGAUCAUCAGAUUAUGCCGGAGUUACUGGAGAAUCUCUUCGCCUCUUAGCUUGGCUCGUUAAACAUGCUUAUCUAUCGAAAAUAGCCUACGUCAUGAACAGAGAUGGUGCCGAACCGUCAGGCAGUGCUGUACCACCAAAACCACCAAACAUAGACGAAAGUAGUCUCAAGGCAUUCAUAGAAAUCGAUGGCACUGUUGAAUCGAUGGUAAACAUGUUAACAUCCCAGCAUUUGGUAAUGCAAAAUGAAGCCCUUAUAGCCUUAUGCAUCCUCUCCGUUGUGUACUUAAAUAAAAAACCAGUUGACAGUGAACUAGAUCUGCCAGAAAUGCUCAUAAAAUAUGAACUUGGCAAGAAACUAGGUGAAUUAAUCAAAAAAUCAUCGGAUACAAUGACAAAAGAAAUUGUUGAAAAUCUACAAAAUUUCACAACAUUAUUGAUGACAUCAGAGAAAUUGGUUAGUCAUUUAAAUCAAAACAAUAUAAAUGAAUUGUUGAAAUCAAUUCCACGUUUAACUGAGUAUUGUACGCUAUAAGAAAUAGGUUGGGUGUGGGAGGGGAGUGAAUUUGAGAUUGUUAUAUAAAAAAAGAAAGAAGAACAAAACAAACAGAAAUGAAAGAAGAUGAAAUUUUACUUGUAAGAUGUUAGGUUUUUUAAGAAAUGUGCAAUUUGACAGACGGGACGGUACGGGAUGCAACAAAGCGUCAAGUGUAGUGGCAAUGUGUGAAAAUAAUUUUAAGGUCUUAUAUCUUUGAUGUUAAAUUGCGCAAAGAGUUUUAUUUUUAAUUUAAAUCACGGGGAAUAACUUCAUUGAAAACGUUAUGGGUAUAAUGUUUACUGUUUUUUGAUCUUAUUAUUAGACCCUGACAUUUUGUUAAAAGAUGCCACGGAUACUGCCUCUUGCGAGGAAUUUACAAAUCCUUAAAGAGUAAUUUUUGUCAUAAAAAGUGCUUCCCAUCCGUUAAGAUUUGGCAUUAAAACUGUAGUUAUCCUCUCUAAUAGUUGAAAGGAGCUGUAAGUCACUAUAUAAUCCUCCAGGAUUUCGAAAAUGAUGUCUCCAAAGGUUAUGUUCUAAAAACAACAUUGGAAUAAUUUUUUUUUUUUCAUUUAAAACCCAUUUGUGGUAGGAGUUUCCGAGAAAAAAAUCUAGUCUACGAAAAUGAGCUUUUAAAGAAAAUCAUUUUCAAGCUUAAAAUUUGUAAAUUUUAUCUCAUUUUUAUGAAUUUUCGCAUUAUUUUUUUUUUCGUUUUUAUAGUAUAAAUACAUUUUUAUCACAAAUUCAACUCAAUCCAUAUUAAUCUGCACACUUUAAUGUACCAACAUCCACACUUAAUUAAUUUUUUGACACACUAGGUCUCUUUUCUCGGAAAGUGCCAAUUUGUAGACUUGCAACUCGUUUUGUCAUUUAAAAAUGAACAAUACUUUUUAGUUUUGCUGCUUUUAUGAUGUCCACUUCAAGAAACCAAACCUUUUUAUCUACUUUGCUAUUCUUCUUAGUUAAUAAUGUUUAAUUCAUUUCAGUUGAAUGUCUCUAAACAUUUGAUGAAUUUUUGUAUUAUAUUGUGUCUUAAAAAAAGGUAUCACAAGAAAACUACAGAAACCCUUUGCAAACUCUUACAAUUUCUAUAAAUUUCUACAUCUCUGGAACUAAAUGCAAAAGCUUUAUACAUCAAAUCUUCUUUUAGUUCCAAGGUUCUGCAUUAACACUUGUGCAUACAAUUUUGAACUUUAACUUUAUACUUGUAACAUAUUUUUCAAUGAAGUAACUCUACAUUUUUUUGUUUUAAUCAAUACGCACAAGAAAGUCUUACUUUAUUACCGUUAGACUUCGUAUUUUAUUUAACUGCAGAAUCUACUUACUUCGUUUACUCAUAUCUUCUGCUUAAAUAUAUUUACAUUUUGCUGACUGCCGAUUUAUAGAAAGAGACUUACAUUAAAUUUCGUUUUAAUUAAACAAAAAAAAAUAAUAGUUUUUAACUUUUUUCUUACGACAUUCUUAAAUAGUUAUUAUAAAAAAGCUUGUAUAUUUAUGCUUUUGCAUGAUUAAAAAUUGUAUGACUUUUGUAUAGACUUUGAACAAAAAAAAAACACAUAAAUAAAUAAAUAUGUAUUAUUUAAUCAAAAUAGCCGACAUGUUCCAAACGUGUUAGAAAUCUUUAAAUAAAAAACAAAACUUUAAAUAAAAAUUAACAAAAAAAAGGUGUUACUAUUAUUCUAUUUUAAUUAUUUCUUUUUUUUCUAUAAGACAAAGUGAUUAAAUGAUAGAAGCAAUCGGAAAGCAAAUAUUGAUUUAGAGCUAGUCGGAGUUUCUAAUUAAGAUUUAAAAUUAAUAAAAAUAAAAAUAAAAAGAAAAACGUCUGUGUUGUGAACAUAAUAACACCUAUAAACAUUUAAAAAUUGUUGUUUAUUUUACUGCAAGUUUUAGUUUUUACCAAAAUAUUGCAGGUCAAAGCACAUUUUUUAAUAAUAAAAUUGAAGAAAAGAAACAAAAGAAAACGAAUGCAACGAGUUAUAUAAUUUAGAUAAACAAACAAAAAAUGGAGACAAAUUAAAAAUUUUAAUCACAAAUCGAUUGUGAGGAAAUCAUUUUUAAAUGUAUGCAUUUAUUUACAAUUAUUUCUAAAUUAAAAAAAAUAAAAACAUUCAUUAUAUUAAGUAGAUUUAAUAAAAACAAAAAAGAAAUAUUUAAGUUUUAAAAAUAAAUAAAAUUAAAUUAAAACAAAACACAUGAAGUAUUCUAUUAUAAGAAUUAUUUAAGCUAAUUAGUUGACAUCCAACAAUCAUCAUUACAUUCAACAACAACAACAAAAAAACAAUAAAAAGAACCAGUUUCAAAUAAAAUAAACAUAAACAAAAAAAAAAAAUUCACUAAACAAACAAUAUAUUAACGCAAACAAUCAGUGUAACAACAAAAACAACAAUUGUAACGACUUUUUUUUUCUAAAUAGUAACAUUAUUCCAAUUCAAAUCAAUCUGCAACCAAAAAUUAACAGAAUACCUACAGAGAUUUUUUGAAAGUAGAAUUUUCGUAAAUAAAAAAAAAGAAAAACAAGAAAUUAAAUUUUUAAUAAUGUAUUUAUAAUAUAGAAACAAAAUAAAUCAAAUUCAAUUUGAAUAAAAAAAAAUUAAAAA